AUGAACAGCAUUUUCAGACCCCCAUACCUGCCCAUGACCCAAGUCCAGCUUGGCAAUUCUCGUAAACCCGUCGAGGUGUGGAAGACAUCCUUUCGUCGCUGGGAUUUGGAUAUCCUCAACCCGCUUCGACAAGCAUAUUUAGAAGUCAAAGAAGAGGCUGAAGACUGUUUCAGCAGCGACGAAAUUCUGUGCCGACAGAGUAUUGCUUGCUCGGUUUGCUAUAUCGGACGGACGGACAGAGAAGUUAAGAUCGCAGUGGUCAUACACUGCGCAAAUAGAUACGCUCGUUCUUUGGCUCGAGAUAUGGUCGGGGAAAGCGACAGUUGGCAGAGGUUCCACAAAUCCAAUCCAGCCUCAAUGUUGAUGAUCGCGCCCAAGGCACCAGAGCCUUGCACUGAUGAUGAAAUGUCGGGAAGCUUGUCAGCUGUGAGCAGCAACGGCAUACUCUGCCCUGUGGGUGCAACAGUUGAGUUUGUUCAUACAGCUGAUCAAUCGGCGAAUGACGCCAGUUCGUUGGGGCGAGCCAGGCUCGGCCCGACACUGUUCAUCAAUAAUGAACCACACAUCAUCUCAGUCUCGCACGCUUUCAAGAAGCUGCAACAGCAGAGCAUAUACUCGCCGCCAAGUGAAAGUAGCACAACAGCCAGCCCGUCUGCGAUUUCGGACCCCGAAGAGGAUGACGAUGAUGAAGUCUGGGAGGUUUACGAUGAUGAACACGUCCAGGGUGAAACGCCGUCUUGUAUCGGGCUUUCAUCUCCACCCGAAAAUACCCAAGUUGACUCUGGCGCCAAUGAGUCUAUCAUUUCCCGUGUCAGGAGCCUGCCUGAAACGGACGUUAUCCAAAGCGUCCAGGCGACAUCUCAUAUGCCUCAGAGCGCUGGAACGACCAACACAGCAUCCGAUGCGGUCCAUGACAUGGUCAAAGUAGGUGAAAUUGCCUUUCGCAGCUCAGAUGAGCCUCUAUGGCAGCAUGAUUGGGCAUUAAUCAGUCCGAGUGAGAGGUAUGGCCAGGAACUGGCGAAAUUUGGGGGCUUAAACAUGGUCAGUGGCCCUAAACCCGAUCGGAAACGACUCAGGAUCAAUGAGACUGCCAGUACGAUCAAGAUUGCUCGGGAGGUUUGGCUGGCAACCUCCACCGAGGAGUGCGAGAAAGGGACCUUAUACCCUGCUCCUCUCUGGUACAAGCUUCCAGGAUCGCAGCGGUUUUUGGAGGUCUUCCGGGUUGAUGCACAGAGACCUUUCCUCCGCGGCGAGUCUGGGACCGCCGUCCUAGAUGCGGAAGAUGGCUCUUGGUACGGCCACAUCAUUGCAGCUGAUGACGACACUAGGACUGCAUAUAUGCUCCUAGCAGUCGACAUUAUCAGAAGCAUAGCAUCUACCCUUAAUGUCUCUGAGACGAGCCUGAGCUUGACCAAGCAAUCGUUGGUAUUAGGGGGCCAGACGGCAAUCAGUCCAAAACCGCCAUACAUGGGAUCGAGAUUGACCGAGUCAGAUUCAUAUCUCCGCAGACUGACCUCGAUGUCGCUCAAUCCAAUGUGGCCUCAAGAAAGCACGGCCAAGACUGCAUUGCCCCAACUUUUCAGACAUUCGCCAUUACUAUCCAAAGAACCCUGUAUACGCCUCCUGAAGAUCCAGUCUCGCUGGGGCUUGGGUGACAUCGAGGCUGACAUUUGUCACGUCCCAUUGGAAGAUGCUCCGGCCUAUCGUGCACUAUCUUGCGUUUGGGAAUAUGAUGUCCAGGUCCAACAACGUUGGAGAGACCAACCCAAUGUCCGACGAAUUCGUGUUCAAGAUAGUUAUCUGCCACUCCCACAGACUAUCGUCGAUGCCAUCUUGGUACUUCAUUUUCCCGAACCAUUCUACCUAUGGAACGAUGCCAUUUGUAUCAAGCAUGGCGAUCCUGCCGAAAAGACGAAUCAAGUAUCGCUAAUGGGUAACAUCUACUCCCAAGCUCAAGAAGUUCUCAUUUGGCUGGGGAAAGAUGGCCUGAAUACCAAUAUUGCUAUGGAUCAUCUUGCUCGGAUAUCUAAAGCAAGACUCGAUGACACUUUAUAUGAUCUCAACAAGCUGGUUUCCCUCGAACCAAUUCUCCAGAACGAGUAUUGGUCCGGAGUGUGGGUGUUGCAAGAUAUCAUUCUCGCGAAACAGGUGCAAAUUUGGUGUGGGCCAAAACACGUUGAGUGGAACGUGCUCGAAGACGCGUUGUCCAUCUCAGCACUUCAUCAAUGGCAUCAGCAUCGUAUAUCGGAAAAUUUCCCUUUCGGCACCACUUCUGGUGCUUCCGCACAUCAAGUCGUGGCAUUCAACCACUUGGUAUACAAACUAACAUCUGAUCAAGACAAGCUGAAAAGCAAAAGCUUGCCUCUUGAGGCUCUGCUGUGGAGUUACGCUGGCCAAACAACCAAAGAUCCUAAAGAUAGGAUCUUUGCUUUACUCGGUCUUGCGGAGGAUGGUACCUCAAUCAAGAUUGACUACACUGCGGAAAUGCUAGAUGUGUGUGUAAACACUGCGAUCCAUAUAAUCCGCAAGGGAAAGUCUCUCGAUACGAUUCUACGACAAGUUCCUUCGCAAGAAGAUACCGGUUUUCCCAGCUGGGUACCGGACUGGAUGUUUGCUUCGCCAUGGAAGCUCGCAGCGCAGGGCAAAAAUUCGUCAGCAACAGAUUUCCUGGUUGGCGAUCCGCUGAGUCAGCCUCGUUACAAUGCCAGCGGCAGUAUAAAAGCUCUGGGAGGAGAACUGGGGCCCUUUAUGCAGGCAAGUGAACCACAUUUGAUUCGUAAACGAGCCUUGAAGUGGCAGUCGAGAUUUUAUAACAUGCUGGCUAGCAGGGGGAUGAUUGUGGGGCGGCUCGAGAAGACGAUGGAGUGGGAGUUGGGAGAACCCUUCUGGCACCUGUUACUAUGGAAAGAAUUGGAGAGGCCUGAUGCCAAAAAAAUGUUCUGCCGAACGAUUGUCGCUGGCAUUGAUCACAACGGAAACCGCUGCACUCCCAAUUGGUACGAUGAUGCAUUCACAUGGCUAUUAGAAUCUGGGCAUCGCCCCCGUCCAGGAGACGGCAAAUUUGCAGUGGAGACGUUCUGCAAGCGUGUUGACACUGCCAUGCGAAACAGAUGCGUGACCCUUCUAUCAACGGAUCUGGACCUGGAGAGUAAAUUCGCUCUGGUCCCUGAAAAGGCGAAAUCCGGUGAUCUACUGGCCAUUCUCCAUGGUGCCAGUGUGCCGGUUGUGCUUCGCGAGGAAGAGAAGCAAGAGGGGUUGGAGGAUACAGAGAACUCUUCCCAGGCGGUCUACACACUCAUUGGUGAGAGUUAUGUCCAUGGAAUUAUGGACGGGGAAGUUCUCAAGUUGCCAGGAGUAAAGUGGCAACAAAUCAUCUUAGCUUGA